UCAGCUUCAUCGCAGCAAUUAGUCGAUGAGCAGCUUCGGUCUCCGGGGAGCCUCCGUGUCUUGAUUGAUUGAUGAUGAAUUUCAUGUUCUGCCAUCAACCUUAUUCUGUUUCGUAAGAGAAGUGUAUAAUUAUGUCAAGACCCAUGCUACUUGCAUUUCUAUUGCUUAUACUGGUAAUUACCUCUCAGUUUGAGUGGAGACAACAGCUUGUUGAUAUUGACCCAGCACCUAGCAUCACCCAGAGACAGCAGCAGAUGUCAAAGAGGGAAGAAGCUGUUAAAGAAAAGAUAAUCUUAUUACAAGAGAAGAACAUUCGAAGACUGAAUGACCUCGUACAAAGUCUUCAGCAGCAAUUGUUGCAGUGCAAGACUGCAAAGACCAAUAACAAAACAACAAAUGCCACCAUAAACCACUUAGCUGAACAGGUUAUUGAGCUUGAACAACAGCAGAUUCUGGAAGGACUAGACUAGGACAUCUAAAAGCUGCACUCCGCACAUAGUAUGUUGAAGCUGUGAAACCCUUGCUUCUCUAUAUGAAAUCAAGUUCGAAGUUCCAUGCCUUCUUUUUAAUCAUCGAUACAUUAUUUCAAACUGAAUAUAUUUCCAACAACAGAUGUAACCAUAAGUAAUGAAGUGGAGUGAUGAAUCAUGCAUGCACCCAAGCUUGCUUUCUUUCUUUCUUUCUUUCUUUCUUUCAUGUCUUUUUCACGUAGCAUUUAUCUUGAAUUAAUUAAAUUUAAUAGAGGUUGUUGAAGAUGUGCCGACAAAAAAAAAAAGAGUUGUUGAAGGU